GCUGAUUCAUGUGUGGACGGCGUGAUGACUUUGGAGCACUCGAAGUAGCAGUCGAAGAAUUUGCCUGAGGGGAAAGACUCGCAGCACCAUUUUACAAUACUUUGGGUCUCGGGUCAGAUUUGAGGUUAGGUUCAAAGGGGAGAACCAAAAUAACACGCUCCGCCGAGGAUAGGUAGAACGUGACUGGGAACAUUCUUAUUGCAAAAAGGAACCUAGGCGGGCGAUUUAUGAUGCGUUGCAUAACGCGUCACGUGAGGCAGUGUGCUUCGUAAUGGUGGUGUCAGUCAGUUGGCAGGAUCUGAUCGAUGGGGUGUGAUCAAGGAGCCACUGCGUUGUUAAGUCUAAUGCUCAUUUGACUGCUCUUAAGAGACAUUGUAGUGGAUGAAGAUUUAAGAUUGAGGUCGCCAUUGAUGGUGUUCCAGUGGAGAAUUGAGAAAGGCUCGUACGGUUGGUACACAUCAUUAUUAUUGUGGGAAGCUGAGGAAAGCGAACUAGGAAAGCGACAGCCAUCGAGCAGAAGGAAAAGUUUCGUGAGGAGAUCUAUGGUUGUUGACAUGUGGAUUUCAUUGUUUCAAUCGGAAGGAUUACGCUUCUGUGAUCAGCUCUGUGGUGAGGGGCAGGAGACCGAGCUUGCAGGCCAUUUCUUCUGCAAAGCUCGAGUGGGUCGGAAGGAUUAGUAAAAGUUGGGUGAAUCCGCGUGAUUUCGCGUCUCUUUGAACUAGAGUGCGCACUGUCGUUGCGUGCAGCAGCAUCUAGGAAUAGCAGGGAAAAGUGGGAAAAAUCAGAAGGUAAUAGGGCGGAAAUUUGAAGUGCACAAGUCAGCAGCAGCGGCCUAGGAGGAAAUCGUGGUGCUUUCCAACAAUCGCCUGUCUUAGAGCUCGUGGUGACGUAACGAGAGCUCGAGCGUCCAAGAGGCGCAAGGAUGUCGAAAGUAGGUGUGUUAUUGUUGGUGGCUGUGACCACAAUCGUUUGCUUGGGCUCUGGAAACGUGCAUGCUCUUGGAGUGGCCUCAGAUCCUUGUACAACAGAUCAGGACUGCGGACAAGGGUACUACUGUUUUUCUUGUGAUGGAAAUCCUUCGGUCUGCACCCUUGAUUUUGCUUCCCCGGUCUCUUCUUUUGCACAGAACUUCUCCCAGCCCUUCAACAAGUAUGCAUGGGUCACAACGCACAACUCUUACGCCAUUGUGGGUGAAGCGCCAGUUCUAGGAGUUACGAUCGUCUCCCAAAAGAAUCAGGAAGACAGUAUUACCAGCCAACUUAGUAAAGGCGUCCGGGGCCUCAUGCUUGACAUUUACGAGCUGAACGGGGACAUAUGGCUUUGCCAUUCGGUUUAUCAACGGUGCUAUGACUUCACUGCAUUUCGACCACUUAACGGUACAUUAACCGAGAUUGAGACGUUCCUUGCGGCAAAUCCGACUGAGGUAGUCACCAUAUUUUUCGAGGAUUAUGUUAACACCACGAACGCCCUCACCACAGCCUUUCAAGCUGCUGGUCUGACCAAAUACUUGUUUCCGUUGGCCAAAAUGCCCAAAGACGGGAGUGAUUGGCCUACUCUGUCUACAAUGAUAGCGGACAAUCAGAGACUGUUGGUUUUCACUUCGGAUAAGAACAAGGAGGCCAGUGAGGGCUUCGCUUACCAGUGGAACUAUGUGGUUGAAAACCAGUAUGGUACAUUGAAUCAAUCGUGUCUUCCUCGAGAAUCUUCUGCUCUCUUGACAGAUAAAAUGAAGACGCUGUUUCUGCAGAAUUAUUUUCCUUCGAAUCCAAACAGGACCACUGCUUGCAUUGACAACUCUGACAACCUUAGCAAGGCCCUCAAUGUAUGCCACACAGCAGCAGGAAAUCGGUGGGCAAACUUUUUGGCUGUGGACUUUUACCAGAGAAGCACCAGUGAAGGAGUGUUCAAGGGGGUUAACACUCUAAAUGGACAGUUGCAUUGUGGCUGCGAGGACAUUCGAGCCUGCGAGGGCAGUACUGGCCCAGGAAUUUGCAGUGUGGUGAACGCGUCCGUGGCAUCACCCAGAGUACCCCCUCCACCAGGUCCACCAACUACGACGUCUCCACCGGGCCAAUUGUCGGCGGGCAUUUCAUCCUCUCCAUCCGUUGCUUUCAGUGCAUUACUAGCGAUUCUUUUGAUAUUUAUUUGGUAGCUCAUUCAGCUUAACGAGUUCAGCUACAUAGAAAUAUUUGGCUUGAUUUUUAAGGUCCAUUUACCAGGCUCGGGCACAAUGUUUCACGAAGAGUCAUUUGUUGAAGAGUAGACAAGUAGGAAUUUUCUCCCAGCAGUGUGAAAUAUACAGUAAAUACAAAGGAAUUCAGAACGUAGUCACAAUUGAGCUAAGCUUUUGGUUUUAAGCUUAUGAUACAUUUGAGCACUGCAGUUGUAAGUCGAUUCCAUACUUCCAUGCGUGGUUACCGUUCA